CUCGCUCCCUCGGCUCCACCCAUCCUGAGCCCAAAAAGGCCGGUUCCAAGGCCUCAGUCUAAACUGGGCGAGCCAGGGCGCAGUCCUCUCGAGGCGGUCCAGAAUUAUAAAGCUGUCUCCAGAGAUUUGAAAAAAAUGGCAACAAAUGAAAGUGUUAUUAGCAUCUUUAGUUCGGCAUCCUUGGCUGUGGAGUAUGUAGACUCACUUUUGCCUGAGAAUCCUUUGCAAGAACCAUUUAAAAAUGCUUGGAACUACAUGUUGGAUAAUUAUACAAAGUUCCAGAUCGCUACAUGGGGAUCCCUGAUAGUUCAUGAAGCCCUUUAUUUCUUGUUCUCUUUACCUGGAUUUUUAUUCCAAUUCAUACCUUUCAUGAAAAGAUACAAAAUUCAAAAGGAUAAACCAGAAACAUGGGAAGGUCAAUGGAAAUGUUUUAAAGUACUUCUUUUUAAUCACUUUUGUAUCCAGCUACCUUUGAUUUGUGGAACCUAUUAUUUUACAGAGUUUUUCAACAUUCCUUAUGAUUGGGAAAGAAUGCCAAGAUGGUAUAUGUUCUUGGUAAGAUGCUUCGGCUGUGCAGUCAUUGAGGAUACUUGGCACUAUUUCUUGCAUAGACUCUUACAUCACAAAAGAAUAUAUAAAUACAUUCAUAAAGUUCAUCAUGAAUUUCAGGCUCCAUUUGGAAUGGAAGCUGAAUAUGCACAUCCUUUGGAAACCCUAAUUCUUGGGACUGGAUUUUUCAUUGGAAUCUUGCUUUUGUGUGAUCAUGUUGCUUUUCUCUGGGCGUGGGUUACUGUUCGUUUGAUAGAAACUAUUGAUGUCCACAGUGGGUAUGAUAUUCCCCUCAAUCCCCUGAAUCUCAUCCCUUUCUACGCUGGGUCUCGGCAUCACGACUUCCACCACAUGAACUUCAUUGGAAAUUAUGCCUCGACAUUUACGUGGUGGGAUAGAUUGCUUGGAACAGACUCUCAGUAUAAUGCCUACAAUGAAAAGAUGAAGAAGCUUGGGAAAAAGACUGAAUAAACCUCAUGUAAACCUUCCUGAAGAGCUAAAGAUCAAAAUGAUUGAGCCACGUCAUUUGAUAUAGUGAGUGAUUGAAACUGCCAAAUCAGGAAUAGUCAACACUGAAAAUUUCCACUCUUGCCUGGAGCUGACCAUUCUUCUUUUCUUCGAAGACUCUUUUGAUUAUAAUUCACUACUGACAUCUGUAAAUGAAACCAUUUUUGAAUUGAUGUAAAUGGAGUAUUUUAGUCUAAAGAUUUUUCAAGUUACUUGAAUUUUUUUGGAAAAAUUAAGGAGCUUUAUUUCUGCUAUUUACCCUUUCAUUUUUUGUAAAUCAGAUUUUCAUCAUACUUCAAGCUGUAAAUUGAAACUUUGUGAACUGACUUGCUGUAUUUGCACUUUGAGCUAUUGAAAUAAAUGUCAUUUUUGUCUGGUUA